UUUGAAGUUAAAGAUAGAGGCAGCAGCACAACCUGUGUCCUGACAGUUUCUAAUUUCAGAUAUGUGACUGUAGCUAAGCUAACCCCUUCCAACUGGGGCUGGCUGCUUUUUGUUGUAAUGUUUGCCUGGUAGAGAGGGCUUUAUAUACUCUGUACAGUUGUUAUCAAGAAUGACAAGCCUUUGGAGUAGCACACAGACAGACAAGGAAACAGAGGACCAUGGUACAUUCUGAAGGAAUGAUUGAAGAUCGUGGGAGGAGUGGUGACAUAAUGGCGGAGAGACGACAACUGUUCGCAGAGAUGCGGGCACAAGAGUUGGAUUCCAUAAGAUUGUCCACGUAUAGGACAGCUUGCAAACUCAGAUUCGUUCAGAAGAAAUGCAACCUCCAUUUGGUGGACAUCUGGAAUGUGAUUGAGGCGUUCAGAGAGAACGGCCUGAACACCAUGGACCUCAACACAGAGUUCACUGUGGCUCGCCUGGAAGCAAUACUCUCCACCAUCUUCUACCAGCUCAACAAGCGCAUGCCCACCACCCACCAGAUCAAUGUGGAACAGUCCAUCAGUAUGCUGCUCAACUUCCUGCUGGCUGCCUAUGACCCGGAAAGCCUCGGAAAAAUCUCUGUCUUUGUUGUGAAGAUGGCCCUGGCAACCAUCUGCGGAGGGAAGAUUUUGGAUAAAUUAAGAUAUAUUUUUUCACAGAUAUCAGACCCUGGUGGCAUAAUGGUAUACUCCCAAUUUGACCAGUUUCUGAGGGAGGUUCUCAAAUUACCAAUGACUGUUUUUGAGGCACCUUCCUUUGGCUAUACUGAGCAAGCCACAAGAACUUGCUUUGCACAGCAGAAAAAAGUCUCCCUCAACACAUUCCUGGACACGCUGAUGUCAGACCCUCCUCCUCAGUGUCUGGUGUGGUUACCACUCAUGCAUCGCUUGGCUAAUGUGGAGAAUGUGUUCCACCCGGUCGAGUGCUCUUACUGCCACAGUGAGAGUAUGAUGGGUUUCCGCUACCGCUGCCAGCAAUGUCAUAAUUACCAGCUGUGCCAGGACUGCUUCUGGAGGGGGCAUGCCAGCGGUUCCCAUAGCAACCAGCACCAAAUGAAGGAGUACACGUCAUGGUGCCUCUCCCUGCCCUCCGAAAUCAGACGUAGCAUCUUUUUGGGUUUCUCCCAGAAAUCGCCUGCUAAGAAGUUAUCUAAUGCUCUCAGCAAGUCUCUGAGCUGUGCAUCCAGCAGAGAACCUUUACACCCUAUGUUUCCCGACAUGCCAGAGAAACCUCUGAACCUAGCCCACAUUGUAGACACUUGGCCUCCCAGACCAAUGAACAGCACCAAUGACUUCAUGCUCUCCCACUCCAUGCCCACGUCAGGGAACCCUUACUCCACUAAGAACUUGCCUUAUAAAACCAAGAAUAAUGAAGCUGAGCAGAGAAAACAGUUGGCUAGGGCUGCUCCAGAUCUGUUGAAAGGAAGGGGGUUAAACUACAGUCUCGAUGUGGCCGAUAGACUGGCUGAUGAACAUGUUCUCAUUGGGCUGUAUGUGAAUCUCCUACAACACAACCCCACGUCAUGUUUGCUGGAGAGCAGUAACCACCAGGAUGAAGAGCACAGUCUCAUCGCCCGCUACGCUGCUAGACUGGCCUCUGACGGAGCCGCCGUGCAACAAGCCCAGCAGCAGAGGGUCCCCAACGACAUCUCUUUCACUCUGGAUGCCAACAAGCAGCAGAGGCAGCUUAUUGCCGAGCUGGAGAGCAAAAACAGAGAGAUCUUGCAAGAGAUCCAGCGCCUGCGAGUGCAGCACGAGCAGGCCUCCCAGCCGCCAACGGGCACCGCCCAACAGAACCCCACUCUGCUGGCCGAGCUACGUCUUCUCAGGCAACGCAAAGAUGAGCUGGAGCAGAGGAUGUCUGCUCUGCAGGAGAGUCGCAGGGAACUCAUGGUACAGCUGGAGCAGCUGAUGCUGCUGCUGAAGGAGGAGGAAAGGAAGCAAGCUACUCAAGGGCCUGGCUCCCCCCGCUCAUCCCCCAGCCACGCAGUCAGCCGGCCCAUCCCCAUGCCAACCCAGUCAGAGUCUGCUGGCACCACACCCACUCACACCCCUCAGGACUCACUCAUGGGUGUGGGAGGAGACGUGCAGGAGGCCUUUGCUCAGGGCCCCAGGAGAAACUUGAGAAAUGACCUUCUUGUUGCUGCUGACUCCAUCACCAACACCAUGUCUUCAUUGGUUAAAGAGCUCAAUUCAGAGGCUGGAAGUGAGACAGAGAGCAACAUGGAACUGGUCUCCUCUCCCACUUCUGAUCUUCUAGCACAGAUGACCACUAAACCACGUGUUGGUGGCAGGAACACUGGUGGAGUUGAGGAGGAGUGCUAUGAGAACGACCUGGUUCAGGUGCUGGAGGAUGAGCUGAAGAUGGAGGAACUACUAAAACACAGACAGAAGCAAGAGAAAACCCGCAUGGUGACAUUGCAGCAAUGACCAUGCUGAACCAGUUUUGUGGUAAACAAUAUGCGAAGCAACAAAAGUAGAAAAACACUGGAAGAUGGAUGAGAAGAGAAGGCACUGAGAGGCUUAUGAGGAGAUGAUGGUCCGCGAGCAUGCAUGCUCUCCAAGUCAAGCUGAAGAAGAAGUGACAGGAAGGAAGGAUCAAAGUUAUGACACUGCUAAAUCCAACAAUAGAAUACAUAGUUAUAUUAUGUAAAGAUCUAUUUUUAAAACCAACAGCAUAUUUAAGUGAAUACUGUGAACCGAUAUGGAGAGAUCAUAUAACAACAGAGCUGUCUAUUAUACCACCGGUGCCAUAAAAUCAAGUAACUUUAUUGGGAAGUAUUUGUUGAUUUUUAAUCAUAUUAUGUUUAGGUAAGAGCUGUUGAAGAAUUGUGCAAGUAUAUGUUGUAGGUGUAUGGUGGACAAACCAGGCCGUUGUGUUUCAGUGAGAUUGCUUUUGAAUCCAAAUAUUUACCUGGUGUAUGUGUAAACUGAGGCACAACUGUCUAUAACCUAGAGGUUAGCUAUAGUAUGUCUGACCGCUAUGACCAGGUUGGCCUACCAGUCCAAGGAUUUUUAACUACUGGUGUUGUUUGGCUUUUGUAUGUGUUGUUUGACCUUUUAUCUUUGCUUUUAACCAAUUGAAAGAGUGGCUUGUCAGAGAAUGUAUAUCUUUUGACAUAUCUCAUAUUGUGUGCACUGCCUUAGCUGAUUAGCCUAGCUCACCUUUGGAUGGGGUACAGACAAACCUUCAAUGCAACAUGUAGCUAACAUUGUUUCUGCCACUGUUAAAAUGCAAAUGUUCAUCACUGUCAAAAUCACAUUGUUUAAUUCACCCAUAAAUAUAGUAGUUAAAUAGUACUAGCUAUAUUAGGUAAGAACUUUGUGGCAGAAGGACAAUGUUAUUUAUGUCUUCUGCAUUUUGUGUUUGCCACAUUGCAUAUUUAACUGAAUUCCACCUGGUGUAUUGGGCCUGUAGGUGAUACUAAGCGAAUGAGACCGUAUAGGAAGAACAAGCUGAACUUUUUUUUUAAAUCUGAUGCUGGAAAGUGAUAUUGUCUACUGAGGGAUUUCGUUAACUAAUAGCUAUAUGUUGAUGAAGAGUUAUAGUUGAGUUUAUUUUAUUAAUACCUGCUUAAGAUUUAAAGAUGUGAUGACAGACAUGAAAUUGGAGUAGGAAGUACAAUACCUUAAAGAAGAAAAGAAUGGAAACAUUGUUCACAGCACUUCAGUUUCAAAGGUUUACACUUUGCAAGAACGGAGAACAUUGUUUGUUUCCCAUGUUUCAGAAUCAAUAUCUACUGUAGAUUUUGAAGUUGCUUUGUCAUUUAAAUGUUCUGACCAAAUUAUUUGCAUUUUUCUGCUCACUCACACACAAAUCUCUCUCAAACAUACACUCAAAGACGCUCACAGUCACACUCUUGAUACCUGAGAUCUGUGUGUGUAAACUGUUACCCAGUCACUUUUAAAGAAGUGGUGCAAGCCAAUUUGAAAUCAUAAAUGUGUGAAAUAUAUGUAGUAUGAUUUUCGAGCUAGUUCAUAUCAGUGAUUUUGCAUGUUGGUGAUGAUGCAUAAUAAAGAAUUGACACAACAUGAG